GUGUCCGGGCUCAGCCGGGAACCUCAGAUUCCUCAGCAGCGGCGGCAUGAAGUCCGGAGGCCUCUUCGUCUUGGUGGCCCUUGUGGCUCUCAGCCCCCUUCCAGGAUGGAUGGCGAGAACCGGGGUGAGACCCGGGAUAUGUCCAAUUCCACAGAGGACAUUUCCCAAGCGUUGUGUGGAACUCUGCAGAGGAGACAAUUCCUGCCCUCCGGGAUACAAGUGCUGCAGCAACGGAUGCGGUCGUGAGUGCAUGGUAGCGGUGAGAGUCGGGAUUCAGAGAUCUGGUUCCUGCCCAGCCUCGCCACCAGGAACAAAAGGAAGUGCGGAUUGUGUACGCAGCUGCAGGAGAGACACUACCUGCCCUCAGGGACAAAAGUGUUGCAGCUUUGGAUGCAGCCAAGUUUGCACGACACCGGUGAAAGGGGUGACUCAGAGACCCGGUACCUGCCCACAACUGUCACCGAGGACGAAAGGGGCAUGUGAUAGACGUUGCAGGACUGACGAUUCCUGCCCUCAGGGACAGAAGUGCUGCACCAACGGAUGUGACUAUUACUGCAUGGAUCCCGUAAAAACCACAAUUCUGAGGCCCGGUACCUGCCCAAACCUGUCACCGAGAACAAAAGGGUCGUGUGUACGAUAUUGCAGUACAGACGAUUCCUGCCCUCAAGGACUGAAGUGCUGCACCAACGGAUGUGACUAUUACUGCAUGGCUCCCGUACAAGACAGGGUUAAGAGACCCAGCACCUGCCCACCCAUGUCUCCGAGUACGAAAGGGACCUGCGUACAACAGUGCAGAGGAGAUGAUUCCUGCCCUAAGGGACAGAUGUGCUGCUCCAAUGGAUGUGACUCUUACUGCUCACCAACGAUGGAAGAGGGGGUUAAGAGACCCAGCACCUGCCCACCCAUGUCUCCGAGUACGAAAGGGACCUGCGUACAACAGUGCAGAGGAGAUGAUUCCUGCCCUAAGGGACAGAUGUGCUGCUCCAAUGGAUGUGACUCUUACUGCUCGCCACCGGUGGAAGAGGGUUCGAAAAACGUCUGUGAGAAGUCUGCGGACCCAGGCCCGUGUAAGUCUUACAUGGCCGUGUACUACUUCAACUCCAGGACGAAGAACUGUGAAGCGUUCAUGUAUGGAGGCUGUGGGGGAAACGACAACCGGUUUAGAACCGCCGAGGAGUGCAUGGCUCGCUGUGGAGGGAGUAAGAACCCCGUUGUCUGCUCAACACCAUCACCGGGAACAAAAGGGAAUUGUGAUCAAGAUUGUAGAGGAGACAAUUCCUGUGGUAAGAGGCAGAGGUGCUGCGCCCAAGGAUGUGGCCAAGUCUGCGAUGCACCAGUGAAGGGCGUGAUUCAGAGACCUGGUACCUGCCCAAGAGUGAUACCAGGAACCAAAGGAACAUGUGCACAUCAGUGCAGGGGAGACUUUUCCUGCCCUUGGGGGCAUAAAUGCUGCAGCAACGGAUGUGGCUACGUUUGCAUGCAAGUGGUGAUGAAGAGUUCCAGAGACAUCUGUGAGGAGCCCGUGGAGGUAGGCCGAUGUAUGGGUCACAUACCCAUGUACUACUACAACUCCAAGACGAAGAAAUGUGAAUCGUUCAUCUACGGAGGCUGUCAGGGGAACGAGAACCAGUUUAAGACCAUAGAAGAGUGCAUGGCUCGCUGUGGAGGGUCAGUGAAACUCGGUAGAUGCCCAAUUUCCCGGAAAGAAAUCUCUGAGCCUUGUGUCGAAGAGUGCAAAGGAGAUGAUUCCUGCCCCGUGGGACAGAAGUGCUGCGUCAGCGGAUGUAGUCAAGUCUGCAUGUUGUCGGUGAAAGACGACCCGUGGCUCCACUUCUCCUGAUCGUCCACCCAGGGAUGGCCGCCCGUCAGUUCACGGAAGCCGGGGACCUGCGUCUUGGGGGUCCAGUUCAAGGACCGAGUGGGGGCCAGAGAGAAUGUGGACAGCGUUUUCAGGGAUCCUUUCCUUGGGUAAUAAAGGCCUCAUGCAAUUCGGGCCUCAGUGUCCCCAGCUCUAA